AUGAAUUAAUUAAUUCAGGAAAAGGAUAAAGCUUUGAAAUGCACUAAACAUAAAAAGAAAUAAAUUGAACUGAUUCAAGUGAUCAACACUGAACGUGAGAAUCCAAAUAAAUCUUUUUUCUACUGCACGAGCUGCAUUUUAGAAGAUAAAUCUUUUGAUAAUUCUAAAUAUCUGCAAUUAGACGAUAUUGUAGAUGAAGGUGACAAAAGUGUUAUCAACAGAUGGCCACCUAUAAAUGACUACUAAAUAAUUGAAUAGCUUAUAGAUUUAUGCAUAAGGGAAGAUGAUACUGUGAACAUACAAAGAAAAAUAGUAGAUUUUUUUGAUAAAAUGAGACAUGAUAUUCUUUGCAAACUAGAAAUCAUUCAGAAGAAAAUGAUUAAUUAAUCGCUUGAAAAUCCAUUGUCAAAAUAGAAGAUAGUUAAAUAAUAUUAAGAUAUUUCAAAUAUCAUUAAUUUAAGAUAACUGAUUUUAAAUCAGGAAGGUUAGAGUACAGAAGAGCUCUAAGAACGCUACAAGUAGCUUGUAAAAGAAAUGGAGUUGAAAAAAGAUCAAAGUACUAAUAAUCUUGAGAGUCUUCUUAAACUUAGCUAAGAUUUAAAUAUUAAUUUUCAGCAAGCAGCUUAAAUGAGGGAUGAAAUAUUGUCUUAAAUAGAUCAAAUUACCUUCUUUGAUCAAAAUUUUUAUUCAUCUUAAUAUUUAUAAGCUAAAAAAAGCUCAUGUGAGCAAAUAGUAGAUUAAAUCUUAACUUUAGUUUCCAACAAAACAAAUUUUUGCUCUGAUACUUUUUUAUCUUCUUUGAGAAAGCAGCUUCAAUAAGCUAAUCCUGAUUUAUUAACAUCUAUUUCUCACUAAAUAUUCUAAGGCAAUAAAUCACCGAUAGAUUUUGAUAGGCUAAACGAAGAGCAGCUAGAAUAAAUAAGAAAGUAUGUUCACCACUCAGUGAAAUUAACUAAAGACAAAAAUUAUGAAAAUCUAAUUAAAGAUUCAGCUUAAAUUAAAAAUUUUAUAUCCUUAAUUACCUCAGGGUUAUAUUAAUUUGAUAAUGACUAAAGACUACAGCUCAAUUAAUUCUUUAUUGAAGUUUUUCCUUUUUUAAAGAAACUAAAUUUAAACUCAAGAAAUAGCAGCAACAGUUUUAUAAACAAUCAGCAGUUAAAACCUUAAUAAAAAGAUGCACGGGCUUCAUUUAAAUUUUGGUGA